GGCUUGUCGGAAAUUGUGGUGGGAGUGCGCUUGGAAUGAAGGCAGCGAAGUAGACGGCCCGUGUCUGGGGUCCUGAGGCGGCGGUUGCGGGGUCCUUGGGAGCGCGAGAGGAAAGGGGAUGCCGGGCAGAGCGGCCUAGAGGCGAGGCGGCGCCAUGGCGAGCAGCGCAGACUUACUCAUACAUUACCACACAGUUUUAUGAAGCCUGCUGAUCCAAUUUCUGAAGAGUUGAAGGCGCAGAGGAAAAGUUUCACACUGCUGCUUUGUAUUGCUGGCAUCACUGUAACACCCCGAUCAUCUGACACCAUGUACUGCCUCCAGUGGUUACUGCCUGUUCUCCUCAUCCCCAAGCCCCUUAACCCAGCCUUGUGGUUCAGUCACUCAAUGUUUAUGGGCUUCUACCUACUGAGUUUCCUGUUGGAGCGGAAACCUUGCACAAUCUGUGCCUUGGUCUUCUUGGCUGCUUUGUUCCUCAUCUGCUACAGUUGCUGGGGGAACUGUUUCUUGUAUCACUGCUCUGGCUCCCAACUGCCUGACUCUGCUCAUGAUCCCAACAUAGUUGGCACCUAAAACCUUCUUCCACUUGGUUGCAAACUUCUCUUUUUUCCCCUUUUCUUUUAAAGGGACAGUUUUAUGGGAAGGAAGGAUUCUAAGGCAUAUGAUUGGAGAACAAGCAACCUGUUUGUAUGUCUGGAUUAAAGUGUUUCAUUCAUGAUCACCUGCACUUCCAAAAUUUGCCUGUAAAAUUUUACAAAUGCUGUUCAUAGUGAUAACCAACAUUGCUGUCUGUCCAAGGGUAGUUUCCCCACCCACACCCACCCCUCCUGCCUUCUGUAUUGUCUGAAGUUGGUCCUCCCAUUUCUGAUUUGGUGACGAAGACAUCUGAUGAGUACUGCCUGACAUCAGGAUACCAACAUCAGCCUUCUGGAAUAUGUCACCCAAUUCUGUUGAGAAAGUUGGAAAGACUUUUCUCCAUCUUGUAUUUGAUAAACAGUUAUUGUUUAUUGCUCUGAACAUCUGUGAGUGAACUUGCAAAUGGCUAAUAAGCUUGAAAGCUUUGUGAAGCCAGAGGCUGCUUAAUCAUCUGAGCAGGCCAAACAGGAAUGUGUGUGUUGCCAGAAAAGCGUUCCAAACUAUUUAUCUGCAUAGAUCAUAGCUCAAAAAUUCCAGAGUCGUCAUGAUGCCACUUUUACAGCACAGGUGCUGAAGCUUGUCUCACCCCCUCCCCUGCCAAAAAUCUGCUGUUUACAAAGGUCUUAGGUUGGGAAGAAAGCAUGCUCUGCUAUAAUGUUUUGGGGUCCUUUUUAUCAUUUUUGCUUAUGAAUUUUAAGCUCUUGGUCUUUCUACCUUAGAAAAGCAAAGGGGGUUCAGGGAUGGGGGACUGAAUGUGCUAGGAUUGAGAUGGGACGAGUGGACUGCUUUCCAGUAUUGAAUUGGAGCUGACACUUGAGCAAAAUGUUGCUUUUUUCUUUUUCUUUGAAGCCAAGAGUAUUAUUCUGUCAUCACAGACAGAGCUACUGCUCACAUAUAUGGGAGGAAGAAAGUGAGAGAUGGUUGGGCUGAUUUCUGCAAAGCUGUUUGGUCCCAGUAUCAUAGUUUUUUUCCCCCAUGUUCAGCUUUUAUUCUCUUGCACAUCAGCAGUUUCCAGAGAAUAUCUCUUCUUUCUUCCCAAGGGAGGGAUUGCUUGUGGGAAACAUAAGCUAGCCCUGGGAGGAUAGCAGAAAUACCCCUUUUCCCUAUAAUUUUUCAAGAUUAUCUUUUUGUUUUGCCACUCAUUUGGCUUCGCACAAUCUUCCCUGGAGGAGCAUUGCUGAAUAUUUUUUUUCUCCAAGGGAAACCAAUCGUGAAAGCUCCACAGAGAAUUUUUAUUUUAUUUUAUUUUUGUUCAUUGCACAGCUGUUCAACAGGUUUAAUAAAGCUUUAUAAACUUU